GUGUUAGUAUGAGGAGCUUUCUUUUCCCGCCAACGUAAUCUUGUGUUACUUCUGUACAGGCAGUGCGGAUGACCAAAUUCAUUCAUGUCUCCAGAGGGACACUUAGAUUCAACAAUCCUCUUUAUUUAGUUUUCUAAAUCCACUUACUCUUAAUUUCUAAUGAACAACCCAUAUCACCCUUCUGUCGCUUCUCGCUCAGAUCUCUACGCUUGUCUCCUCCAAAAAUGUCUUAAAUCAAAUGAUUCAUUUUCUGGGCAAUCAAUUCAUGCUCGAAUUGUCAAAUCUGGGCUCAAUUUCAGCGUCUUCUUGAUGAAUAAUCUCAUUAAUUUAUACUCAAAAACUGGCUUUAUCUUUUAUGCACACCAAGUUUUCGAAGAAAUGCCUGUAAAGACUUCAUUCUCAUGGAACACGAUUCUCUCAGCGUAUGCGAAACAUGGUAAGAUAGAAGUAGCCGAAGAGAUUUUCAAAAAAAUACCCAACCGUGAUUCUGUUUCCUGGACUACUAUGAUUGUAGGGCAUAAUCAGAUGGGUGGUUUCAGGAACGCGAUUAGGAUGUUCACAGAAAUGAUUAAGGAUAGAAUUACACCGACCCAGUUCACUAUUACAAGCGUACUUGCAUCAUCUGCUGCAAUGGGAUAUUUGGGUAUUGGUAGAAAGGUUCAUUCUUUUGUUAUUAAGCUCGGACUAAGUAGCUACGUCUCGGUUGCAAAUUCCUUACUAAAUAUGUAUACAAAGUCUGGUGAUCCUCUGAUGGCAAAAGUUGUUUUUGAUAGGAUGAGUGUGAGGGAUAGGUCAAGUUGGAAUGCUAUGAUCUCAUGGCAUAUGCAGGUAGGUGAGAUUGAUCUCGCUCGUUUGCAAUUUGAGCAAAUGGCUGAGCGAGAUAUAGUUACAUGGAAUUCAAUGAUUGCAGGGUAUAAUCAGCAUGGAUAUGAUUUUUAUGCCUUGGACUUGUUUUCAAAAAUGCUGAUGCAUUCUUCUUUGCUACCGGAUAGAUUCACAGUGGCAAGUGUGCUAUCAGCUUGUGCUAAUCUUGAGAAGUUAGAGCUUGGGAAACAGAUCCAUGCUUAUAUUAUUAGAGCCGAGUUGGAUAUCUCUGGGGUGGUGAGAAAUGCUAUGGUCUCUAUGUACGCAAAGUCUGGUGGGGUUGAAACAGCACGAAAAAUUGUUGAACAAUGUCGGAUGUCACAAAUAAAUGUUAUAGCUUUUACAGCCUUACUAGAUGGGUACAUCAAGCUUGGGGAUAUAACCCCUGCCAGACUGAUAUUUGACUCACUGAGAGAUUGUGAUGUGGUUGCAUGGACAGCAAUGAUCGUGGGUUAUGAGCAAAAUGGCCUGUAUAAUGAAGCUUUGAAUCUCUUUAGAUCAAUGAUUAGACAAGGCUCCAAACCAAAUAGCUACACUCUAGCAGCCAUUUUAAGUGUCAGUUCAAGUUUGGCUAAUUUAAAUCACGGGAAAGAAAUUCAUGCAAGUGCAAUAAGAUCAGGAGAAGUGUUAUCUGUUUCUGUGAGCAAUGCUCUAAUUACCAUGUAUGCGAAAGCAGGAAGCAUUAAUGGUGCACAACGAGUGUUUGACUUGAUAUGUUGGAGUAGAGAUACUGUCUCUUGGACGUCCAUGAUUACAGCUUUGGCACAACAUGGUCUUGGAGAAGAAGCUGUAGAGCUAUUUGAGAAGAUGUUGGCUUUAGGGAUAAAGCCUGACCACAUCACUUAUGUUGGCGUGCUCUCUGCCUGCAUUCAUGUAGGAUUGGUUGAAUGGGGCCAUUGCUACUUUAACAUGAUGAAAGACGUACACAAGAUGGAACCCACACCAAGUCAUUAUGCUUGUAUGAUUGACCUGUUAGGCCGUGCUGGAUUGAUUCAAAAAGCGCAUGAGUUUAUAGAAGACAUGCCAAUUGAGCCAGAUAUGGUAGCUUGGGGUUCACUUUUAGCAUCUUGCAAGGUUCACAAGAAUGUGGAGCUGGGUAAAGUUGCAGCGGAAAAGUUGCUUCUCAUUGACCCUGACAACAGUGGUGCCUACUCUGCUCUUGCUAAUUUAUAUUCAUCCUGUGAGAGAUGGGAGGAUGCUGCUAAAAUUAGAAAGAAAAUGAAAGAUGUCGGAAUCAAGAAGGAACAGGGAUUUAGUUGGCUUCAGGUCAAGGACCAAGUGCAUAUCUUUGGUGCUGAAGAUGGGCUUCAUCCACAGAAAGAUGAAAUCUACAAGAUGAUGGCAAAGAUCUGGAAAGAGAUAAAGAAGAUGGGGUUUAUUCCAGACACUGAAUCAGUACUACAUGACCUUGAAGAAGAGGUUAAGGAACAGAUUCUUAGACAUCACAGUGAGAAACUUGCCAUUGCAUUUGGCCUGAUUAGUACUCCCGAGAAUGCUACUUUGAGAGUCAUGAAGAACCUCAGAGUCUGUAAUGACUGUCACUCUGCCAUUAAAUUCAUUUCCAAGCUUGCGGGUAGAGAAAUAAUUGUAAGAGAUGCCACCCGCUUUCACCAUUUUAAGGAUGGCUUAUGUUCUUGUAGGGACUAUUGGUAGGCAUGGAGUGAAAAUAUAGAGACAACUUUCAACAGAGUAUACAAAACGAGUUUCACCUGCAUUAUUAUCUAGUAGUUGAUCCUUGACAGAAGCAGAAUAUGCUCCCAUGAUUCUGUGGCUAACCUGCUGAGUUUGCACCAUAAUGAUUUCAACCUUUACAGCCUUCAAUUCGAAUUGUAAUUUAUGGCUAUCUAUGAAGGACUUUGGACACACACCUGUUAAUAUUUCUGUGUAUCUUUCCGCGGCUUUAAUUUGGUGAUUGCAGAGCAAUUUUCUGCUACACCGAAUAGUUUCAACAGAAGUGCAA